GGAGGUUUUAGGAGGAAGGGAGGAUGGACAACGUCUCCUCACACAAACACUUUAUCCUCAAUGGCUUCAGUGAACUCGGAGCACUGAGGCCUGUCCUCUUCAUCCCAUUCUCCAUCAUGUUCAUUGUGUCACUGUUCGCCAACUCCCUGCUGAUAUACAUCAUCAUUUCACAGAGAAGCCUCCACUCACCGAUGUACAUCCUCAUCGCCGGCAUGGCAUUUGUGGACCUGAGCCUCCCGGUGUUCAUCGUCCCCAAUAUGUUGCUGAGCUUCUUGUUUGACUGGAGGGAAAUCUCUCUGAUUGGCUGUCUGGUUCAGAUGAACUUCAUUCACUUAGCAGGAUCUUUUCAGUCCACAUUGCUGGUAUGGAUGGCGUUGGACCGCUACUUUGCCAUCUGCCAGCCAUUAUACUACCAUGAACGCAUGGCUUUACCAAGAUUCCUCAAGUUUGUGAUCCCUCUUGUGAUCAGAAAUGUGUUCAUAGUCUUGUUGGUUGGGGCUUUGGCAGGAAAGUUGUCAUUUUGUCUCAGAAACAUGAUAAACAACUGUUUCUGUGAGCACAUGGCCUUGGUGGAGCUGGCCUGUGGAAGCACAGCCAUCAACAGUCUGGUGGGGUUGAUGUUUUUGUUUCUCGUCAUUGUGGUUGAUUUCUUAAUCAUCACCACCUCUUACAUCAUCAUAUUCAGCUCCAUGUUGAGGUCAAGAACUUCAGGUGUCAAAGCUCUUCAUACCUGUGUCACCCACCUUGUUAUUGUCAGCACCAGCCUGACCAUUGUACUUAUCACUUCCCUGUCUUAUCGGAUCAGAAAUUAUCUCCCUGCAUCUAUUCAGGUUUUCCUCACCAUCAUGAAGUCAUUGUUCCCAGGCUGUUUCAACCCAAUCAUCUAUGGGAUUAGAACCAAAGAGAUCCGACAGCACAUCCUGAAGACACUGUCACGCUGUCACUUUGUUCAAACUGUGCCCCACUCUUAG